CUCCAGACAGGCAGGGGCAGCACUGCUCUGUUGGCGGAGGGCGCAGAGCCGGUUGCCUGCUGGAAACAGCCAGAAACCACACAGUAAGCAGCUAGCAGGCUAGCGGCUAGCAGCACUUUACGUCUGUGUUGAUUAAAGCAUCUGGCACAUAGGGCUAUAAACACUGUGGAAAGUGUUUUUACAGCAUAAGAUUGGAAGUUAAGUGAAGAUGGCUGGCGGUUUUAAAGAAGAAGAAGAUAUAUUUGACGAUAUUCUGCUGGCGGAUGAAAGGUUCCGAGGGGAGGGCUACCGAGAGGGAUUUGAUAAAGGGACCCACCGAGGACUGCAAGACGGUCGGCGACAUGGAACCGCUCACGGGGCAAAGCUGUCCACUGAGAUUUCCUUCUAUUAUGGGUUUGCCGUCACGUGGAAAUGUCUCCUCCAACACAAUACAAAUGUAAAAUCAGGGAAGCGUAUGAAAGCAGUGGAAGCUCUCCUGGGUUUGAUCCAAAACUCCCCUCAUGAUGAUCCGCAGUCUGAAAAGCUACAGGAACACAUGGAGAGACUUCGUGCCAAGUUCAGACAGGUCUGCUCUAUGCUGAGUGUCCCGGCUGACUUCAACGAUUACAUCAAAUCUUGCGAGGGGACUUCUUUCUGAACCCGGCCUGAUUGGGAGGAGAUGUUGAGACCACUCUGCGUUCUGGACAGAAGACAGCAAAGUCUUAUCCUGGGAUUGGUCUUCAAUGGAUUUAUUUCAGGGUCUGCAGUGACUGCGUCAGUUUGACAGUCCCUUUGAGAUUAGUCUUUGACUUCACAUUCUAGUGGGAAGGUCUGACAUGUAGGAAAAUCCACGUCCCGCAUUCAACUGGAAAAUCUGAGGAGUCGACUGUGGCCACUGGAACGUCUCAGUAAGAAAGAAAUGGUUUUUUCUUGUUUGACUCUGGUAAAUGAGUGGAUCUUUUGCAGUGAUGUUGAAGCAACUGAAUUGAAACUUAACAAAGACAGCAGCAAAAGACACCAAAAUAAAAUCUUGGAACA